GUCAGUAUAGGAAGUCAUUGUAGAGCAACACUGGAGCGAUUAGCAGCAAAAAGGGGGAGCCUGAUGUCGAGGAGUCAGCCCUAUGUAUAUCUCUCUAUACGCCUCAACUUUUAACACAAAGUUCAAUAUCCAAACACUAAAAGGGACGAGGACUACGCAGACUACCCACACUUGCUUUUCCGCAUUUCCACUGAAUGUAACAUCUUGGACCAUAUAGGCAAUCUGAGCCGCUUGUAAACGUGGAUUUUGUUCUCUCUUGGGUUUAUUUUACAACUGCUUUCCCUUUUUUUUUUUUUUUUUUUUUUUUUUUUUUUUUAAUUUCUGGUAAAUCAAAGUUAAUUUUCCUGUUGCUUUUUUUUUUGCUGACUUUCUUGUGAUAUAUGCAUCGGAUGAGAAGAAGCAUCUCACUGUUGUUAUGAAGACUUCAUCACUCCUUUCUUAAUAUGGAAGGAUCCAGCGGGUCGAGUUUUGGGAUAGACACUAUUUUAUCCAGCGCGUCUAACUCUGGUAACCCCGUGCUAAUGAACGGAGAUUUUCGGCUCGGCGACAGCAGGACAGCGGAUUUCAGGAGCCAGGCAACCCCGUCACCAUGCUCGGAGAUAGACACUGUGGGAACGGCCCCCUCAUCCCCCAUCUCGGUCACCAUGGAGCACGGCGCCGAUGCGCAUCUGGUCCAGGACAGCCUUCAGCAUCACCACCACCACAGCCACAGCCAGGCGCAGAGCUUACCGCUGUCGCCCCAGCAGCAGCAGCCGCUCGCCGGGGCCGGCUGCGCCCCGAGGACUGCCACCUCCUCCUUUUUAAUCAAAGACAUUUUAGGCGACAGUAAACCGCUGGCAGCCUGCGCACCUUACAGCACCAGUGUAUCCUCACCCCAUCACACCCCCAAACCAGAAAGUGCCAUGGCUCCGGACGGGUUCAGGCCCAAGUUGGAACAAGAUGAAAACAGAGGCAAGUUGGACAAAAGGGAUGACAUCCAAAGCGAAAUGAAAUGCAACGGGACUAAAGAAGAAGGUGACCGGGAAAUCUCCAGUAGCAGAGACAGUCCACCGGUGCGCUCGAAAAAACCUCGCAAAGCACGGACAGCCUUUACCGACCACCAGCUCAACCAGCUGGAGAGGAGCUUUGAGCGACAAAAAUACCUCAGCGUGCAGGACCGCAUGGACCUGGCGGCGGCUCUAAACCUGACGGACACGCAAGUCAAGACCUGGUACCAAAACAGACGGACGAAGUGGAAGAGGCAAACGGCGGUCGGAUUAGAGCUCCUGGCUGAAGCAGGAAACUACUCGGCCUUACAGAGAAUGUUCCCGUCGCCCUAUUUCUACCACCCCAGUCUGCUGGGCACCGUGGACAGCACGACGGCAGCCGCGGCGGCCGCAGCCAUGUACAGCAGUAUGUACCGGACUCCUUCCACGCCGCAUCCCAGCCUCCAGAGACCUCUGGUCCCCAGGGUGCUCAUUCAUGGCCUCGGGCCAGGGGGGCAACCGGCACUAAACCCCCUAUCUAACCCCAUGCCCGGCACACCGCACCCGCGAUAAAAGAAAGAAAAAAACUAACAAAAACUAAAUAAACCCGAGUUAAAGACGGUGGCCAGAACCCUGGUCCAACACAUGAUGUUGGUUACUCCAUCGGAACCACGUCGCAGGACUUUUCCCCCAGAAAAACGCCACAUUUAAAGACAUUUUACAGAAGUAAAGGAGGUAUUUAAUACGGGCCCAAAUAGCCUGAAGUCAGACGGAAAGACUCUCUGUCCGGGCCGAGACGGACCACAAGGACUACUCAUGUCUGAUUGUUUGUUUGUUUGUCUUUUGUACAAAUACACUUACAUUAGCAAAUAAACUUAUAAAGUUUAUUAGAUGGAGAAGAACGGAAUGAAUAAAGAAGUAAUGAUACUAA